AUGGAGGAAGCCGUCACCAGGAAAUUUGUUCAUGAAGACAGCAGCCACAUCGUGUCCUUUUGUGUCAGCGUCCUCCUCCACCUGACUUCUGCUGUGAUCCCUACAGUGGCUAUUGUUACUUCACGUCCUUUUUCAGCUGUGGUCUGUUCAGACACAAGCGUGAGUGGAGGAGGAUGGGAGAUGAGCUCGGGCAGCUCACCAGGGACCAAUUAGCCUCCACCAUGCUGGCUACUUUGAUAAGCUGCCCAGGCAAGAUCUUCAAGUUUCUGAUACACGGAGAACGCUUAGACAUAGCAAUAAAACCGUGUAUAAAUGAACUAUAUAUUAAAGUUACUAAGCAGUGGAUUCUGUGCCUGAUAUGGAAUGAUCACUACACAAGUGUAAUUUGUUGCCUGUGGGUUCCCAUGGUUUCGCCCUCUGUGCUCGGUCUUAAUGUUUUGGGGUUUUUUUUAAUGGCAGUAAUUCAACUCUGUUGCCUCUCGGGAUCAUUGGUGAUCUGGUAAACGUUUUGUUUUGGUUUUCCAGGGUACAACAACUAUCCACCAUCUUUACUUGUUUAUGCAUAAAGAGAAGAGCUACCUGUUAUAUUGUCUGGUUAAAUGCCAAUAUACAUGUAUGGAUUUUAACAGCAUGGCUUACAGCUAAAAUAGCAUUGUUUUAAUUCCGAAAGUUGACUUCAACAAGUUGGAAGAUCCAGCCAUUUCUUUAACUGCAUUUUUUAGUCCUUACUCUACUCAUCCUCACUUCUUACAAUCUACCAGGUCAAAACAAUUCUCCUUCCAUGGACAAAUGUUAUAACCCUGAAACAAUUUUAUACAAUUUCAAUAUGAUGUAAUGAGCUUGAUAAAGACAUUAAAAACUGUGAAUUAUUCAAAGCUAAUGGCUGCUGACAUAACUGAAUAUUCUUUACAGAUCAACUAAAAAAAAUAUACAUACACAUUUGCGGAUUACAGCUUCUCUCCUAUUUGCUUUUGUUUCAGUAGAGUUUUGUCUUUACUUGUGGACUUUUGAAGCAUUCAAUAAUUUAAAAACAUUCAGAGACAACAAAACAAACGCUAAAUUGCAAAAGGGAUCUCCGAAUAAUCAGUAACCUAUUGAUGUAUUGAUUAAUCCUUUCAGAGCUGUUCCACGUCCACCGUGAUGGUGCCUUUUGCUGGUCUCACUGAAGUGUCGGUCAGCUUUGUGUGACUGUGGCUUUGUGUUAAUGCACUCAGUUGCCACAGAUACAGGGUGAUUAGAGGCAAUUUAGUGUGUUGGCUGUUUUUUACCAGGAGGGACUGCACAAAGGGCUGAUGCCACAGAUAUAAUGAGCAUUUUCUGCACACAACAUUUGCUGCUGUUUGUGAUAAAUAAAUCAUUAAAUUAUGUUGAUGGUCUUUAAUGUGAAUGUCUCCAGCCAAUGUCUCGUACUAAAACGUUCCUUUUUUUAAUCCAUACAAGGAAAGAAAACAAUUUUUCCAGACACGCGAUAAACUAAUGACGUGUUGUUGCUCAUUUAAAAUGCAGAUUGUUAUUCAGAAUAUGACGUGCUAUUGACAGAGCCUCUUUAAAAAGUUUAACGAUCUGGGAUCUGCUUCCUUUGCAUCCUUUUGGACUAUUUAAGACAAGCCAGUGGUGAUAAUGAGGGAGUAAAGAGGGUGAAUUAUAUCUGGAGACCUUUUAAUAGUAGCCUUUGUCAUGACAUUUAGCCUCUUGCUCUCGUACACUGUGGUGCAUCAGGGAACAGCAGCACAGAAAGGAGCCAAAUGUAGAAAGAAAAGAUAGUAAAAAUAUGUGAAAGAUGAUGGCUCUGAUGACCCUUUAGUAUAAAACCCUGCAAACAGUGUGUGUACGGUCGUAAGAGCAGUGACAGGUUAACAGGGCGACAGGAUGGAGACAGGCCAGAGCGUUGCGAAGGAGUAACGAUGAUGGAAAGACAGAUAUUGUAAUGCUGUUUGUCGCGACAGCCCUUCCUCCCUCUCUCCCUCCCUCCGCUCAUCUCUCCCAGAGCUCGUUCUCUCCAUCAACAGGGGUUGCCAUGGCAACCCCAACCUUCCCCCUGACCCCAUGUGAGCAGAGAAGAGCCACAGGAUUAAUCCUGAAAGAGAACUCAAAUGUCAACACAGCUCCAGGCCCUGCCACGUAGGCCGGAGAGGAGAGGAGAGAGAACGUGCUAGAGAGCAGAGGGGUCUAUGUUUUUCUGCAAAUCUGUGUCAUCAUGCCAUUGGCUUGUGUGUCUACUACCGCUUAUUGAAUAAACAUAGCUGAUGUGAAAAUAAUUAUGUGAAGGCGUGAUUUAAUUGAAGGGGUUGUUAUGUACCAGUAGAAAUUUGCCAGAUACUUCCUAAAAUAUAGUUGAAUGUUGUGGUCACACUGCUGUAUAUUUUACUCAUAUUAUCCUUAUACAGUAAACCUCCCCAAACCAAUGCCAGAAUCUUGUGAAGUCUAUGUAUGAACAUGUGAAAUGUGAUUUGGUCUUGUUUUGGCUCUACAUCCUGAAAAUGUUUAGUAUUAAGAGCUGGUUUUGCUGGUGGAGACCAAAACAGAGCUUAAAGGAGAAGAAAGUUUCAGGUGCUCAGACACACAACUCCCAAUGAAUUCUAAUGUUGCUCUGACUCUAGUGAAUGUGAAAACAAGCAACUUUUAACACCUAUUAAUAUCAUUGUUGACAGCUGUUUUUAUUACCUCCAAAUGUGUUAAAUAUAAAGAUAAAGCUAAUAAAAUAAUUCCUUAUCUUAAUUCCUAAUUCCUUACAAUUUUAUGAAUAUUUUCUUUUCCUAAAUGUAUGUUUGUUUCCAAACAGCUGCAGUGGAGGCCUGUGUUCUGCACGGGCUAAAGCGACGAGCAGCCGGCUUUCUGCGUAGCAACAAGAUAGCAGCACUGUUCAUGAAGGUGGGGAAAAGCUUUGCUCCUGCUGAGGAGCUGUGCAGGAAGGCCCAGGAGCACGAGCAGAUCAUGGAGACAAAACGGAGUCAGAGUUUACAAAGUCAGGACAGCUUUCGCAAAAUGCCCCGACUGCCCAGCCUCACCCCACAGGGAGUCAAGAACUUGUGGAUCCGGACGGCUCUGUUUGAGAAAGUGCUGGACAAGAUCGUCCUCUAUCUGGUGGAGAACAGCAGUAAAUACUAUGAGAAAGAGGCUUUUCUCAUGGACCCUGUGGAUGGACAUAUCCUUGCCUCUUUGUUAGUUGGACCAUGUGCUUUGGAGUACACAAAGAUGAAGACGGCUGACCACUUCUGGACUGACCCGUCUGCCGACGAGUUGGUGCAAAGGCAUCGCAUCCAUGGCGGCUUCUGCAGGCAAGAUUCUCCCACUAAAAGGCCUGCGCUUUGUAUCCAGAAACGGAACUCCAGCAGCAGCAUGGACGAACGCCCUUCCCCCUCGCCAUCCGCUCGUGAAUAUGUGGAAUCACUGCAUCAAAACAACAGGGCGACUUUGCUGUUCGGCAAAAACAACGUACUUGUACAACCGAGGGACGACAUGGAGGCGAUACCAGGUUACCUCUCUCUGCACCAAACCGCUGACAUCAUGACCCUGAAGUGGACGCCAAAUCAGCUCAUGAACGGCUCUGUUGGAGACUUGGACUACGAACGCAGUGUGUACUGGGACUAUGCUAUGACUAUCCCUCUAGAGGAGAUAGUGUACCUGCACUGUCAUCAACAAGUGGACAGUGGAGGGACAGUGGUGUUGGUCAGUCAGGAUGGAAUUCAAAGACCUCCAAUUCGCUUCCCUAGAGGAGGCCAUCUGCUCCAGUUCCUCUCCUGCUUGGAGAACGGCCUCCUUCCUCAUGGCCAGCUGGACCCUCCGCUCUGGUCCCAGAGGGGAAAGGGAAAGGUGUUUCCUAAGCUGCGGAAGAGGGUUCCUCAGGGAUCGGGUUCCUCAGACUCAGUUUCAGAUAAGGAGGACGAGGAGGCCACAGACUACGUCUUCCGCAUCCUCUUUCCAAACAGCCAAUCAGAGUUUGUGCCACCCCCAGACUUGAUGGAUCAGGGAGCUACAAUGUGGCAUCCCACUCUCAGGAAGUCAUCGUGUUCCUCUUGUUCUCAGGGGAGCUUUUCUGACGGCGUGACACCCAGGGGGUGUAACCAUGAGAGGGCUCCUCUGAAGCUGCUCUGCGACAACAUGAAGUAUCAGAUCAUCUCCCGGGCAUUUUAUGGCUGGCUGGCGUACUGCCGUCACCUCUCCACUGUGCGUACACAUCUCUCGGCCCUCGUCAAUCACACCAUUGUGGCGCCUGACGCUCCGUGUGAUGCUUACAAAGGACUCACCGCAGAAGUGUGGCAGACGUUCCUCCAGGACUGCAGAUCUGAAGAGGAACAGGAGCUGCUUCGUCUGGUCUACUUUGGUGGUGUGGAGCCCUCUCUGCGCAAAGAGGUGUGGCCUUUCCUGCUUGGUCAUUACCAAUUUGGAAUGUCAGAAACCGAGAGGAAGGAGGUGGACGAACAGGUCCGAGUGCACUACCAACAGACCAUGCAGGAGUGGCUAGGCUGCGAGGAGAUUGUCCGCCAGCGUGAGAAGGAGCAGCACGCUGCAGCUUUGGCAAAGUGCUCCUCUGUAGCGAGCACAGACAGUUCCAGUCAGAAGAUGAUCCAUCACGACUCCACUGUGAGCAAUGAGUCCCACUCCUCCCAGAGCUCAGACAGGCAGAGUCUGGCUCAUCUGCACAGCAAUUCCAGCAGCAGCACACAGGUGUUUGAGUCCGUAGAGGAGGUGGACCAGAUUGAAACGGAGCCCAAGACGGAAGAGGCCAAACAGGUGCCAAAGAUGCCCAACGGAGCCCUGCAGAACGGAACAUGCUCUCCUGACUCUGGACACCCCUCGUCCCGCAACUUCUCCGUCACCUCUGGCCUUUCUGAUGGUUCACUCAGCACAGAGGAUGCCACUGCACCUGAUACAUCACUGAAAUAUGCUGCAGGUCCCCAGACAUCACAGGGCAUGGUCAAAGCUGCAGGGCCAGAGGGUGAAAGUGUUGUAGAGGAAAAGCUCAGUCACGAGAAAGUUGAAGUGAAAGACAAAGAGGAGGAGGAGGGAAACGCAUUUGAUGUGACCAAAACGGCAGAAAAUACCAAGACUGAGGUGGUAGAUGAUGAAAUGGUUCAACCGCUGGAAGACGAGCAGAUGAUGGCCAACAAAGAGACACGUUUGUUCAAUAAAAACCAGGAAGAUGCUCAAGAGUCAGAACGUAAUAAAAUAGAGAGAACCAAGAUGGAAGAUAAAGGCCUGGAUAUAGACAUUAAAAGAUCUUUAGAGUCAGGAGAAACUGGAGGAGUGAUACCCAAUCAGGAUACCGUGAUAGUAGCAGCUGCUACACCAGCCAGGGGAGAACCUGUGGAACAAAAUCUCCAAAAAGUGGUACAAGUGAGUGAGUCAGCAGAGGUUAAAGAGAAAAUCAUUCAGCAUCCUGUGGCUCCCCUGGACACAAACCUUUUCACAGAUGCCAGAGCAAGAGGAGCCUGCUGUGCCUCUCAGAAAGAGGAGGCUCAAGUCAUGACUGAAUCGGACGAGUCUCCUUCAGCCAUAGAGAUGGAAGAAAUCCCCAAAGCCAAAGUUUCCAUGGUGCCUUGGAGCAGAAAGGGCCGUUGUGAAACCCCGUCUUCCUUUGAGGAACUCAGGCAGGGGGAGGAGCGGGAAAAGCCUAGUCCAGAGGGGACCGAGUCCAUGCUGUCUGAGGAGCCAGAGAUGGAGAGCCUGUACCCCCACUUUGAUUCUCUGCCUGGAUCUUUUGACCCCCAAAAUGGAGGGGCCUCUCUACAACCUGCUGGGAGUAGCUUCUCUCAAGAGCUUCUGGACUUGUACACAUUAAAUCUGCACCGCAUCGAGAAAGACGUCCAGCGCUGUGACAGGAACUACUGGUACUUCACUCCUGCAAACCUAGAAAAGCUGCGCAACAUUAUGUGCAGCUAUAUCUGGAGGCACCUUGACAUCGGUUACGUACAGGGCAUGUGUGAUCUGCUGGCUCCACUUCUAGUCAUUCUGGACGAUGAGGCCAUGGCCUUCAGCUGCUUCACUGAGCUCAUGAAGAGAAUGAAUCAAAACUUCCCACAUGGAGGAGCCAUGGACACUCACUUCGCCAACAUGCGUUCCCUAAUCCAGAUCCUGGAUUCUGAGCUGUUUGAGCUAAUGCACCAAAACGGAGACUACACCCACUUCUACUUCUGCUACCGCUGGUUUCUCCUCGAUUUCAAGCGAGAGCUGGUAUAUGAGGAUGUGUUUUCAGUAUGGGAAACAAUAUGGGCGGCUAAGUACGUGUCCUCCAGUCACUUUGUCCUCUUUAUUGCCCUGGCACUGGUGGAGAUCUACAGGGACAUCAUCCUGGAGAACAACAUGGACUUCACUGAUAUCAUCAAGUUCUUUAAUGAAAUGGCAGAGCAUCACAACAUAAAGCAGAUUUUGACCCAGGCCAGAGAUCUGGUGUGCAAGGUGCAGAUGCUGAUUGAGAACAAGUGAUGGUGCUGUUUCUCUUCUUUCGUUCAUCCAAGCAACGCGGGAGGACCGGCUGUAGCAGCACAAAAGUCAAAUCCAGAACAUCUGCUUGCACCCACUGCAACACACACACACAUCACACAAAGCCUUUUACAAUCACAGUUUUGCUGCUAUGAGCCUUAUUGACCAUAUCCACUUUGUUAAAUGUGUUGUCGACAGGUGUCUGAGAAUAUUACACUUAAUAAUUGUCAGUAUGUUCAAGUGAAAACAAAUAUAAUAGGGAAAAAAUCUG